GGUAAGGUUCACGGUUCCUUGGCUCGUGCCGGUAAGGUUAAGUCUCAAACUCCUAAAGUCGACAAGCAAGAAAAGCCUAAGCAACCAAAGGGUAGAGCUUACAUGAGAUUGUUGUACACCAAGAGAUUCAUCAACGUCACCUUGGUCAACGGUAAGAGAAAGGCCAACUCUAACGCUGCUUAA